AAAUGCCCUUCGAAAUCCUCAUGGGAUAGAGCUGACACUUACUAUAAAUAAAGCAAAAAUCCGCUCUAAAAAUCACAAUUCUUAAGUAUUCAUCAUAAAUCCUAUUCUCUCCUUUCUUGACUUCAUAGAUUUUGAAUUGAAUAAUCAUGAAUUUGUGGUUCUGCGUUAUCUGGCUAAUAGCUCAAGGAGUUUAUGCUAAAGACCUAUCUGGUGUUUUUACAUCUUUAGACUCGAUAACUUUCUCCAAUAGUGCUAACUUUCCUCCUGAUGUUCCAACUUCUUUGGAGUGGUAUGCUUCCCUUUCGUGGCACAUAGAUGGAUCUACUAUGAGUCCAGGUGAUACAUUCACUUUGCACAUGCCUUAUGUGCGUCAACUUAACGGAGGCGGGCCAAUUAACUUGCAAGCUGGUGGUGUACCAUAUGCAACAUGUAACUACUUCAUUGGUGGUACCGCAAUCAACUAUGCUGAGCUUCAAUGUGUGAUUAACAAUUCUGUGACAAGUUCGAUUGUGGCAACAGGAUAUAUUUCUUUGCCUUUUAAUUUCAAUAUUGGAUGGGGCCAUCACCCAAAUGAUAUAACUGCUGCUAAUCAGUACGUGGCUGGCAAAAAUACAGUGGUAUGGACAGACGGUAGUAAGCAAUUGACUAACACUGUCACUUUCAAAGCUGGCCGCAGUGUUAAUCCUUCAGCAGCACCACCACCAAACCAAAUUUCCUACUUUGCCGGGUCAGAUUACCCUAAUUCAGGAAUGAGACAAUAUUUGCUCGGAGGAAGCUGUCCAAAUAAUCAAAUUAGAAGCGGUACAAUUGGAAUGACCUUUAAGGAUUCAACCAUUGAUUGUUCUACAGUAUUUGUUGGAAUUACAAACAAUUUGAAUGCUUGGUACUAUCCAAAGUCGUAUCAAAACAUAGUAGUCAAUGGAAAGUGUGAUGGCCUGUCAUAUGUUGUCACAUAUAAGAACAUUCCAGUUGGUUACCGAGUAUUCAUGGAACUUUCUAUUCUUGGCAAAAAUACGGGAACAGUAUCUUACACCAAUGACUACUACUGUGGGAAUAGUCAAACGCAAACCGACAGUUCAUUCAAAACUACUUGGGGUGCCCCGGAUACUGGAACACCAGGGGGUGGUGGAAAUGUCAUCAGUAUAGUAACAACCCCAUGGACCGGAACUGUUACCUCGAUUCGUACUGUUCCUCCAAUAACUCCUGGUGGACCAACCACUGUUGAAGUAUUGACCCCUCCACACUUGACCACUGUAACCACUCCAUGGACCGGAACUACAACUUCUUACAAUACUGUCACUCCAACCAACCCUGACGGUACCACUACUGUUGAAGUCUACACUCCACCACACUUGACUAUUGUCACCACCCCAUGGACUGGAACUACAACUUCUUACAAUACUGUCACUCCAACCAACCCUGACGGUACCACUACUGUUGAAGUCUACACUCCACCACACUUGACUAUUGUUACUACUCCAUGGACUGGAACUACAACUUCUUACAAUACUGUUACUCCAUCUAACUCUGACGGAACCACCACUGUUGAAGUCUACACUCCUCCACAUGUGACCACUGUUACUACUCCAUGGACUGGAACUACAACUUCUUACAAUACUGUCACUCCAACCAACCCUGACGGUACCACUACUGUUGAAGUCUACACUCCUCCACAUGUGACCACUGUUACUACUCCAUGGACUGGAACCACCACUUCAUACAGCACUGUUACUCCAUCUAACUCUGACGGAACCACCACUGUUGAAGUCUACACUCCUCCACAUGUGACCACUGUUACUACUCCAUGGACUGGAACCACCACUUCUUACAGCACUGUCACUCCAUCUAACUCCGAUGGUACCACUACUGUUGAAGUCUACACUCCUCCACAUGUGACCACUGUUACUACUCCAUGGACCGGAACUACUACUUCUUACAGCACUGUUACUCCAUCUAACUCUGACGGUACUACCACUGUUGAAGUCUACACUCCUCCACAUGUGACCACUGUUACUACUCCAUGGACUGGAACUACUACUUCUUACAGCACUGUUACUCCAUCUAACUCUGACGGUACUACCACUGUUGAAGUCUACACUCCUCCACAUGUGACCACUGUUACUACUCCAUGGACUGGAACUACUACUUCUUACAGCACUGUUACUCCAUCUAACUCUGACGGUACUACCACUGUUGAAGUCUACACUCCACCACAUGUGACCACUGUCACCACCCCAUGGACUGGAACUACUACUUCUUACAAUACUGUCACUCCAUCUAACUCUGACGGAACCACCACUGUUGAGGUCUUCACUCCACCACACUUGACUACUGUCACCACCCCAUGGACUGGAACCACCACUUCUUACAGCACUGUCACUCCAUCUAACUCUGACGGUACUACCACUGUUGAAGUCUACACUCCUCCACAUGUGACCACUGUUACUACUCCAUGGACUGGAACCACCACUUCAUACAGCACUGUUACUCCAUCUAACUCUGACGGAACCACCACUGUUGAAGUCUACACUCCUCCACAUGUGACCACUGUUACUACUCCAUGGACCGGAACUACUACUUCUUACAGCACUGUUACUCCAUCUAACUCUGACGGUACUACCACUGUUGAAGUCUACACUCCUCCACAUGUGACCACUGUUACUACUCCAUGGACUGGAACCACCACUUCAUACAGCACUGUUACUCCAUCUAACUCUGACGGAACCACCACUGUUGAAGUCUACACUCCUCCACAUGUGACCACUGUUACUACUCCAUGGACCGGAACUACUACUUCUUACAGCACUGUUACUCCAUCUAACUCUGACGGUACUACCACUGUUGAAGUCUACACUCCUCCACAUGUGACCACUGUUACUACUCCAUGGACUGGAACUACUACUUCUUACAGCACUGUUACUCCAUCUAACUCUGACGGUACUACCACUGUUGAAGUCUACACUCCUCCACAUGUGACCACUGUUACUACUCCAUGGACUGGAACUACUACUUCUUACAGCACUGUUACUCCAUCUAACUCUGACGGUACUACCACUGUUGAAGUCUACACUCCACCACAUGUGACCACUGUUACUACUCCAUGGACUGGAACCACCACUUCUUACAGCACUGUCACUCCAUCUAACUCCGAUGGUACCACUACUGUUGAAGUCUACACUCCUCCACAUGUGACCACUGUCACCACCCCAUGGACCGGAACUACUACCUCCACUCGUACUGUUACUCCAACCAGCCCUGGUGGAACCACAACUGUUGAAGUCUUCACUCCACCACAUGUGACCACUCUUACUACUCCAUGGACUGGAACCACCACUUCUUACAGCACUGUCACUCCAUCUAACUCUGACGGAACCACCACUGUUGAGGUCUUUACUCCACCACACUUAACUACUGUUACCACCCCAUGGACCGGAACUGUUACCUCCACUCGUACUAUCAUUCCAACCAACCCUGGCGAUACCACCACUGUUGAAGUAUUGACUCCUCCACUGUUGGCAUCGUCUUCGAUUAUGUCACAACCCGGCUUCUCUUUCACAUGGUCAAACUCAUCGUACUUGCAGACUACGACCACAAAGUCGUUAACUGGACCUGUAACCAUUUCUUACCUGACCACCAUCGUCACUUUCUCGACUGAUGACAUCAAAUCAUCUGCAACUGCCGUACCUACAACUCUGUCUACUGUGGAUGCUAAAACGGAAUCAUUUACUGAUGGCGACUGUGUUACUUGUACUGGGUUACCAGAAAUUCCUUCUACUGAAAUUGUCCCAUCUGUCACUGUUGUAACUGUCACAUCCUGCUCAGACAAUGUGUGUACUGCCAUUCCUGUUACAACUGGCCAAACUGUUGUAACUGUCACGGAUGAUAGUACUACAAGGGUUUAUACAACAUACUGCCCAUUGCUGCAAUCCGGUAAGGUUCCUGCUCUGGAGAAUGCAGUUAGUAGUCCAUCAGAGACCAAUUCUGAAGGAACAAAGGCCACCUUGGUAUUUCAAUCCACGGCCACACCAGUGACCAAUCUGAAGCCUUCUGGUUCUUCUAUUCCAACGAUUGUUGCCAGUAUCAACGCUGGUGAGUCUAGAAAGAUUGGAACUUCUAUUCCUCUGAUCAUUCUUACAAUCAUGGUGUUUUUGUUGAGUUAGUCAACUUCACCUUUAUACUAUUUCUUCAAGACUUUACCCCAUUUUAUUUUCGGUUAUUAUUCUUUCUAUACUUUUCAAAAACCUUCCAAAAACUGAAAAAAAACAGCAACAUAUAGUCCAAUAAACAUAGUAUAGUAUA